UAUUUGUCUGCACAUUCGCUCAUCUGCUUUGCCCAAACCCAUUCAUAAUUAUUGAUUGUUUCUCUCUCAAAAUUUGUAAAUCAGAGGCACAGAGUGAGAGAGAUGAUCUGAGAUGGGGUGCAGCCAAUCCAAGAUCGAGAACGAGGAAGCCGUGGCACGAUGCAAAGAGCGCAAGCGCUACAUGAAGGAGGCAGUCUCCACGCGCAACGCCUUCGCCGCCGCUCACUCCGCCUACGCCACCUCCCUCAAAAACACCGGCGCAGCCCUCGGCGACUUCGCCCACGGUGAGGUUCACACCCCCCAACUCCCCUACCCCGACAACCCCUUUGCGCCACCUCAGCAGCCCUACGAGAUCGCCCUCCCCCCUCCCCCUCUCCCCGAAGCUUUCACCCCCACCCCUCUCCAGCGGGCCACCAGCAUGCCCGAAAUGAAGAUCAACAAGCCCAAGCCUGACCCCGAGCCCAGGCCCAAAACCAUCAUCGAAGAAGACGACGACGAUGAAGAUAAGGAGUUGGAGAACGAAGGUUCUCUUCGGAAAAGAAGAAGCAACAGAAGCACCAGUAAUAGAAGGGUUGAGGAAGAUGAACACCCUCCUCCUCCUAUGCCUCCUCCUCCCUCCAAACAACCCCUUCACCCCAUGUCUCAGCCUCAGCCUCAGCCUCAGUCUCAGUCUCAACCGCAGAGCGCUGCUUGGGAAUACUUCUUCCCUUCCAUGGAGAACAUUGCAGGAACCACCUUGCACGAACCAGAAGAGCUUCACGAAAUUGACACCAAGGUUUUUCACCAAACCCCCAAAAGGGUCGAUCCCGACCCUGUUCCCACUCAGACCCAUGUUGAGGUUCCCGUGCCCCAACCUGAACCCCAGCCUGAACCCCAGCCCGAGCCUGAGCCCGUGCCCGUGCCCGUGCCCGUGCCUGAGGAAGUGAUGCCCACCACCGGGAAGGGCCUGAAGGUGAAGCAAACACCGGGGGGAUCUGUGGAGGGAAAAAAUAUUGUGAAACCUAGUCUGAAUCUGCUCCUGAUAUUUUCUAAACUUGACGACCAUUUUCUCAAAGCUUCUGAGAGUGCUCACGAGGUUUCAAAGAUGCUUGAGGCCACUCGCCUCCACUAUCACUCCAAUUUUGCAGAUAAUAGAGGACACAUUGAUCACUCCGCAAGGGUCAUGCGAGUUAUUACUUGGAAUCGAUCCUUUAAGGGAAUACCUAAUUUGGAUGAUGGGAAAGAUGAUCCUGACUCUGACGAGCAUGAAACGCAUGCUACCAUCUUAGACAAGUUGUUAGCGUGGGAAAAGAAACUUUACGAUGAAGUUAAGGCUGGUGAACUAAUGAAAUUUGAAUACCAAAGAAAAGUUGCCACACUUAACAAGCUGAAGAAAAGAGGUACCAACUCUGAAGCAUUGGAGAAAGCAAAAGCAGUUGUCAGUCAUUUGCAUACAAGAUACAUUGUAGAUAUGCAAUCCUUGGAUUCAACAGUAUCAGAGAUUAACCGUUUACGUGAUGAACAGUUGUACCCAAAACUUGUUCAGCUCGUUGAUGGGAUGGCCACUAUGUGGAAAGACAUGCUAGAGCACCAUGAGAAACAAUCAGAAAAUGUGACACUGCUUAGAUCGCUGGACAUUUCCCAGUCUGCUAAACAAACAAGUGAACACCAUCAUGACCGAACAUACCAGUUAUUUCUUGUUGCGCAACGGUGGCAUUCACAGUUUGAGAAGCUAGUAAACAAUCAAAAGGGAUACAUAAAGGCCUUAAACACUUGGUUAAAAUUAAAUCUGACCCCUAUUGAAAGUAGUUUAAGGGAAAAGGUUUCUUCACCUCCCAGAGUUAGAAGUCCUCCAAUACAGGGCCUUCUCCAAGCAUGGAAUGACCGCCUAGAGAAACUUCCUGAUGAGCUUGCUAGGACAGCUAUAGGCAACUUUGUUGCUGUUAUAGAAACUAUUUCCCAUCAGCAAGAAGAAGAAUUAGCUUUGAAGAGAAAGUGUGAGGAUACUAGAAAGGAGCAUGCCCGCAAAACCAGGCAAUUUGAAGAUUGGUAUAGCAAGUAUAUGCAAAAGAAAACACCAGAUGAAUUCAAUCCAGAUAGGGCAGAAGACACUAAUGCUCCUGAUGAGCUUGUUAUAGAGAAGCAGGUUGCAGUUGAACAAUUGAAGAAGAGAUUGGAGGAUGAGGAAGAAGCCUAUGCAAGGCAAUGCCUCCAAGUGAGGCAAAAAACUUUAGGAAGUCUCAAAAAUCGCAUGCCAGAGCUCUUUAGAGCUAUGUCGGAUUUUUCUCAGGAAUGUUCCAGAAUGUACAGUGAAUUGAAGUCAAUAUCACAGAACCUAGGCCAGAGCUCAGCAUGAGCUGGGUUGUGUUUUUUUUUUUUUCUUGGUUGUGUUAUAUGAUGUUACACUAGGGAUCUCUUGAUUGGGGAUGAGUCAUGGAAAUUACAUAUGAAAAUGUUAAAUAAACACUAUUUGAAUUUUAUUAUUAAUGCAGAAAAUGCAGUGGAAUGGAUUGAUGCCCUCGAUGUAAUAACGUUACGUGUUCAAUGUUUUGUAGUACCUUUGGCAUUUGGCCUUACAGUUGCAUAUUUGUAAUUAAUGUUAAUCCUCAUCAAACCAUUUUGUAAACGACGGUGCUUACAGCUGGGAAAAAAAGAUUAAGUUGAAGAAAUCCAAUUCGAUAGUAUUGUUGCUUG